AUGGAGAAGCCUAUCCGUCCAACAUCACCACCAGGCGACCUCCCAGAAUACUACACCGACCUCGCCGACCCAGACGUCGAUGCCUCAUUCCGCGACUUUGAUAACGAGACCAACUUCGACUUCUUCGACCGCCAGACGCGUAACCCCAGCGUCCGCAACUUCUGCCUAGACUUCGGCGACGACGAAGCCUACUGCGCUUUUGAUCUAGCUGCCCACUCGUACACCAGUCUUCUGCACAGCCCGCGUCCUCCAAACUUGCAUACACGCUGGAUCAAUCUCUGGGUUCCAUAUGCGCAGAAAGAGACGUUGCAUGUACUGGCCAAACAUUAUGACUUCUCGCCCCGACUACUGGGACUCAUGUGCUCGGAUCCAGUGCCACCGAAACCAACAGCAGCGUCACGAGCAAAUUCGCAUAGGAGCACUGCGACGUUGCUUUCGAGGCGCUCACAGAGGUCGCAUAAGACGGAUGGGAGUCAUGCGACUCAGAGAUCUGGAAGGGGCUCCAAGGAGGAGACGUCGUUGGAUUCCGAGGAGUCGAUUGGGAUGACGGAGAUGAUGCAUUCGACGCAGUUGGAGGUGGUGAGGGAUCUGAGCCACUAUCAUAUUGUCAAUGACGUGUGGCACUGGUCCUCAGUGGAUUGGGGUAGGCGAUUCGUCUGCCUAGGGUACAACACCCUCCACAACGUCCGCACCGCCCCCGUCCCCCCACACUCCCUCACCUCCCCUUUACCUCACCUCGACCACCCCCAAAGCACCCGCAUCUGGAACUGGCUCCUCCUAUGCAGCGACAAGACCGUCAUCUCCAUCUCCGAAGACCCCUUCCCCUUCCAACCCCUUCCCCUCCUUGCCUCCCAGCUCAAAACCCUCUACACCGUUCGCCGUAAUCUCGUCAGCGUGUUCCGCCAGUUGACCAAAGCUCCGACCCCGCUGAGAGAAAAUGAGUUGGUCAUGUUGCCGAUCCGACAUAGAGUGGGAGACAGUGAGGAAGAGACGGCACAUAGAAGUACAGAUAGUCCCGGUCUGCUAUUUUAUUAUCUCUUCGAAGACUGGUGGACCACGUAUAGUCUAGUCACGAGAAGAGAGCACGGGUACGCAGCCGAGUUGGAUAGACUGCGAAGAGAAAUGCUCGACCACGCAUCCCUCACCCACAUCGACCAGCUCCACCACAUAGGCUGCCAACUCUCGCUCCUCAAACGCGUGUACCAAUCCUACGACCUGAUCAUCGAGCGCGUGCUGAAGAAGCAGGAAGCUACUCUCGCCUCCCUGAAGAACUCGCACAUCAUACCCUCCGCUCUCGAUCUUCACGCCUAUGAGGGACACGAAUCCGCGGUCAUGAUGGCUGCUAGUACGGGAGUUAGCUCUCCGCACGCGGGAAUCGUUAUCCCCGAAGAGGAUAGUUUGUUAGGCGUCAGCUUGAGUAGCGCGGCUAGGGUGAGGUUCGAGAGGCUAAGGGAUCGCAUCUGUUUGUAUGCAUUGAGCGAGAUUCAGGAGUGUAUUGAGCAGAAGGAGAGUUUGGUCAUGAUGAACUUCAACCUCAUCGCCAUCAAGGAAUCCCUCAGCGUCGAAUCCCUCACCCGCAUCACGCUCCUCUUGGCGGAAAUCACCAUCCUCUUCAUGCCCGUAACCCUCAUGACGGGCUACUUCUCCGUCCAGUUCGCCGGCGUCGAGUUCCAGGUCAAGACGUAUUGGUGGGCGUUUGCGCUCGUGCUGGGGGUCUCGUGCGUGCUGGUGUUUUUGUUUAGCUGGUUUACGGGCACGAUCCAGGGGAGGAUUGUGGGGAGUGGGAGUUGGAGUCGCAGGGCGGUUGGGUGGGUGGGGAAGUGGGUUGCUGGGAGGGGGAGGGAGGAGAAGGAGGAGUGA